AUGUCGGAGGCCUUUUUGCUCAAGACCCACCUCGAACAGGUUAGGAAGCAGCUGGCGCAUGCGCUGUAUCAGCAAGACGCCGCGACAAGGGUGAUUGCGCGGCUGCUGAAGGAGCGAGAUGCAGCAAGGCAGCAGCUGCAGCAGCAGCAGCAGCUCGUGCUGCAGCUGCAGCGUUCCGCUGCUGCUGCAGCAGACGGCGCAGAAGCAGACCUCGGGAUAAGCGAGGAGCUGGUGGAGGCGAUGCAGUCGCUGGCGCGGCAGCUGCUGAACCAGCGGAAGAAGCGGAAGCCAGUGGGCUUCGUAACUCCUGCUGCUGCUGCUGCUGACUUCCGCUGCACUUUGUCGCUGCCGCUGCACUCAGCAGCAGCAAGAGGAGUUUUCCGGGUGACAGCAGACACAAAUGCUGCUCGCCACGCUGCAGUCUUCAGCAGCAGCGGGGAGGGGGGCGCAGCAGCAGCAGCUGCUGCUGCUGCUGCGGGCGGCUCUCCCGCUGCUGCUGCUGCUGCUGCAGCAGCAGCAGCAGCGGGCGAAGGCGGCGCUGCAGCAGCCAGCGGCGUGGGCAGCGGCAAGGGAGAAGUGAUUAGUGUCUCCUCAGGAGCUGAUGGAGCUGUUGUCUUUUUUGAUUUAAAAAAUAAAAAACAAUUGGAAAAAGUCCAGGCCCACAGCAAGGCUUGUCGCUGCUUCCUGCUGCACCCGCAGCAGCCGCUGCUGGUGUCGGGCUCCGACGACAAGACCGUCAAGAUCUGGCGGGGGUCUCUGGACUUCAGGAGUUCCUACUCCUUGGGAGCGACUUUGCGCAAACAGCGCGGAGAAGUCUCAGCUCUCGCGCUGCACCCCCUGGGGGAUUACUUUGCUGCUGUUGCUGCUGACAAGACUUGGGCCUUCAUUGGCUUCCAGGAGGGCCGCUACCUCGGGGUCUACAGGGACCUUCCUUGCCAGGUACGCACCAGCAGCAGCAGCAGCAGCAGCAGCAGCAGCAGCAGCAGCAGCAGCAGCAGCAGCAGCAGCAGCAGUAGCAGCAGCAGCAAGUGUAGCGCGCUUGUCGGGAGCAGCGGCUUGCAAUCCCCUGCGUCCCCCGCAGCACCAGCACCAGCAGCAGCAGCAGCAGCAGCAGCAGCAGCAGCAGCAGCAGCAGCAGCAGCAGCAGCAGCAGCAGCGUGUGUGCGCAGUACACGGCGGUGGGGUUCCACCCCGACGGGAUGA